AUUAUUGUCGCGUCGCGCAUAAUGUGUCGCAGCUUGCAUGUAAUUUUCUAGAUCUUGCAGCCGCCUCGGCUGACAUACUCGCGCACUAAAUAACAAAAAAUAAAUAAAAAUGUCUGAAAAAGACAAAAAAGGAAACAAAGCACUCAAAAGAAAUAAUCAGCUCUUCUAUUGCAGUUUUUCUUAUUCUUAUUCUCAUUCUUAAUAGGAUACUAAAACCAUUUAUGUGUUUUUUUCAUAUUUUCCUUGAAAAUAUUAAAAGCAAAACAAAUAAGUAACUGGGAAGUGUGCUGGCCAACUUCGGCCAAGUGAAUUUCAACUAAUUUCUAUUUUGUUUUAAUUUUUUUCCUUUCGUCUUCUUAUAGAGUGGGCCGCACCCAUCGAUCCAAACCCCUCGAUCCGUUUGGCUAUCGAACUGUAGAGCAAGUCAAACAUGGAACAAUCGGUCAGCGACAAUGAAAAUGCCAAGUGCGAGUACGAGUACGAGUAGCUUUUUGCCGCCGCUGCGGCUUUCGAACAAUAUUUUUAGUUGUACUUUUCAUUUUCUAUUUAUUUAACUGCCAGCAGUGGCAGCAGACUUGAGUCUUGAGUCGGCCAACAAACCGCAUGCACGCUCGCUUUACAGGCUUCUUUUUACCACGGAAAAACUAAGGGGACUUUGGCGGGCAAUGGGUUUUUCCAGACGAGACGAGACGAGACGGCACGCCAAUGAAGCGAGAAAAAUUACUGUUUGUAAAGCAGAUAACCAGACAGCUUUGGGCUACAAAUCAACAACAAAUCGAAUGAAAUCUGCGAAUAAAACCCAUUUUUUCCAACUUGCUUAAUGCUAAUACGAGGAUUUCUCGCCAUACUCCUGCUGCUCCUCCGCCUGCUGUUUCACUGCACCCAUGGCCACGUCCUGGUCAAGGCAAGUGAGACACGGCCACCUGCACAAACGAAUGGUUAAUCCGCGAGAGCUCCUCAAUGAUUUUGCAGCUAUCCAGGGAGCAGGAACCGCAAACGUUUCCCCCAAAAAUGCUGGAAUAUCGCCUGCUUCGCUGUACGACGUUGGUGGAUCAGGAACGGGAGCGGGAACAGGAGCGGGAACAGGAGCGGGAACGGGAGCGGGAACAGGAGUGGGAACAGGAGCGGGAACAGGAACUAGAACUGGCACUGGAACCGGCGUGGGAACUGAUUCUGGAGCCAAGCACAACACGCAAAACAACUGCGAUGGUGGUGGUCCAAAUGGCAGCGGAAUUAAUGCCAAGUGCAAUGUUAAUUCCGUCUUUACGCCCGGUGAUCCCAAGCAAAAGUCCUCUGCGAUAGCCAUUAAGGCUGCCAAUGAUGCCAAGGCGGCCAGUGAGGCGCAAUCGGCCGCCGGACAGGCUGCAGCCCACCACAUCAAGCUUGAGCUGGCCGAGAAGGCCUUCCAGUCGGCCAAGGCCGCCGAGGCAGCCCUGAUGGGCAAACAGAUGAUGGUGGAUCAGCUGGAGCAGGAGGUGCAGGAGGCCACGGCCGUCGUGGAGGAGGAGACUAACUCCAUUCACCACACGGAGGCCAAUAUGAAUGCCGCUGUGGAGGCGGCUCGAGCGGCCACCCAACAAUUCGAGGCCAUCAGCGAGCUGCAGAGGACUGCCCGCGAAGCGUUGGCCAAUGUCCAGGCGGUGGCCCUGGGAUCGCAGCAGGAAUUGGCCGCCAAGACGCAGCUCCUCGAGGCCGCCCGCAAUCGGAUGGGCGUGCUCCAGAAGCAGCUGGUCAGUGCCCACGAUGACUACGAGAAGACCAAGCAGGCGGCCUACAAGGCUGCCUGUGCGGCUGUGGAGGCCAAACAAAGGGCUGGCAGUACUUUGUCCCAUUAUUAUAUUUUUUAAAUUAAUUAUAAUAUUUUGGAAUUCAUGAUUUUUGUGAUCUGCCUUUCCAAAAUAUAUUUUCAGUAAUGGAUAAAUAAUGUGAAUAAUGUGACCUGCCUUUCCAAAAUAUAUUUCAAGUAAUGAAACCGAAGUUUUCUUGGCCAUUUCAUUAACCUUAUU